AUGGAAGACAAAGACACGUCUGAGAUACUAUCAGAGGAUGAAACCAAGAGGGAGAAAAACAACAAGAAGCUCACACUGUCCUCGUUCUCCUCAACAGUACGAGCCGUGGUGCGAAUUCGCCAGAAGUACCAAGCACUGAAGAAGCACCGCAUGGAACAGGAAGCAACGGGAGCCCUGUUUAGUCCCCAUCGCUCCACCAGCCCGAAAGUUUUCACGUUCGACCUGGACGAUAGCAACCACCACACUAAUUUAGGCAAAAAGAGGAAAAAAAAGAAAAAACGCAUUCUGUUCCCCAGUGGCAAUCGGCGCGUUUUACCCAACAAAGAGAGCAGUCGGGCCAAGCAUUGCCUGAUUCUCCUCAGCAUCAUCGUGUUCAUGCAGGUUUACAAUGCUUUCGAGAAUCUGGAUGAUCAUGUCCUGAAGUAUGACCUGGAGGGCCUUGAGAAAACACUCAGAAGGGAGGUUUUUGGACAGCAAAAGGCAACCGAGGUCCUUUUGGAACAUUUAAAGGAUUACCUGUCCACCUAUGUUCACAGCAAACCUUUGGUUCUGUCUAUUUUAGGCCCCAGUGGUGUAGGAAAGAGUCACUUGGGGAGGCUGCUGGCUCAGCACUUUCGUUCUGUAGUGGGAGAACAGCUGGUCAUGCAGUACUACGUGCUUCACCACUGUCCCACAGAAGAACACGUUCAUGCCUGCACCCAAACUCUGAAGUCCAAGGUUUCAGAGUUGUUCACUCAGGCAGAAGAAGAGGAAAAAAUCCCUCUGUUUAUCUUUGAUGAGAUGGAGCACAUGCCCACGGAGCUUUUGGACACGAUGCUCGGUCUGAUCCGAAACCAAGAAAACAACGAAUACCUGAAUGCUAUUUACAUUCUCGUUAGCAACCUGGAGCAGGAGGAGAUCACGAAGUUUGUGCUGCAGAACUCGAGCGUACCCGUUUCAGGCCGGGGGUACAUGAGCAAAGAGCUAAACGCACUGUUGCUUAGCAAUCUCAAAAAGCACCAUUCAUUGUGGCUGGAGGCCGAGUUGCUGCCUCUUACCCUUCUGGAGAAAAGCCACGUGAUGCAAUGUUUUAUUGACGAAAUGUCUCGAGAAGGAUUCUACCCAGACCGCUCUCACGUGGAAAGACUAGCGGAAGAGCUGGGUUACUAUUCUGUAGGCGACCGGGAGUUUUCACGUACUGGAUGCAAGCAAGUGGUGGCGAAGGUCAAUCUUCUAUGAAAUGGUUGAGUAUGCGUGUUGGCCGUACCAAGAAGACAUUGACAUUGGUCACCUUUUGUGCAGCUCUAAAGAGAAAUCUUGAGAACAUUGAAUGUUUUAAGACAUUAAAUUUUUUAUUUUACUUUUUAUAUUUUAAAAUGAGACGUUAAUUUCAUUUAACUCACACUUACUGUUACUGUAAAACUGGUGAACCUUUGUAGCACCAAAUGGGAUUCCCACUCGAGAGCUUGAGAUCUCGGAUGUGGUACGCCACUCGAGCACCCUGAAUCAAAUUUUUUUGUCUGUCUUUGCAUAACUACUACAACAAAUGUGAUUAAUUAUAGGAUUUUCUUUUCCCUCCAGUUGCAUCUUGCUGGUCUUAUCAUUCCUUGAAGUUCUGUACUGAUGUGAACAUAGU